GUGUUUGGGAGGAAAGGCAUUUUGGACAGUUCGGCCGAGAGCGAGAUGGGAAUCCUCGCCGGAAUCAUCGUCACAAGCAUCAAAGACACCAGCGCGUCUGUUUUCACCAAUUACAACGCUGUUGGCAAUCGCAAGAAUCACUGCGACUACAGUGUGAUGACAACUGACCCUGCCGCCCGCCCGCUUUUAUGGGAGAUCUAUUUCCGGCCACGGCAUAUUGCAGGUGUCGGGACGUUUCAAGACGGAGGCCUGCUCUACAACAAUCCGGCUUCAAUAGCACUACAUGAAGUGGGAGCUUUGUUCCCGAACACUGGAGACCCCAGCUUGUUUGUUUCAUUGGGAACAGGCUGUCCUUUGCGAGGCGGUCCGCAGAGAAGCUCUCGUUGCUUCUGGAAAGAUUCUUUCAUACCACGCCUGAUCAGGGCAUUUUGGAAGCUUGGCGACUCCGACAGGGCUUGGAAGCAGUUACUCAGUCAACAGACCAUCGAGAAGUUCAAGAGUGGCUUUUUUCGAUUUGACGUGAAGUUUCCUGGUGCAGAACCCCAUUUAGAUGAUCUUUCGAAAAUGGAAGAAGUAGAAAAGGCAGCCCAAGAAACGAUGUUACAAUCUCCAGAGCUGAACGACUUGGUCUCUCGCAUCCGUGCGGAGCUCUUCGUCUUCACCCUAGAUGGAGAUGCCAUCCCAUACCGAGCGAAUAACCAGUAUGAAUGCACAGGUAGCAUAUCAUGCCGAUUGCGGGCUAACACGGCCGCGUUUGAUGCGCUGAUGACACAGUUGAAUGAAGAAGCUGCUUUUCUGCAAAUCAACAAUGUCACACUACCGGGUAAUCUUUGGAAUGGCUCUUGCAGCGAUGCCAACGGCAAUUUCCGUAAGCAUGUGAAGAUUCGGGUCUCCAGAUUGGACGAGCCCUUCCAAGUUUGCUUACAUGAAGGAGGGGGAGGAUGCCACAUAAGUGGCUCGCCAUUCACGAUUCAAAAAUCGGCUGAAAACCAGAAAUUAGGUGCAAGAUUUGGAACAAUCGACCACCGUAGAAGCGUGACAGAGGAUUCAAAUGAGGGCCGUCGUAAACGCCAACGAAUCAAGUGAAUGAGGGAAAACAGAGCCAAUUCUGUAUUGAGUUCAUGAGUGGAAGGAGAUUACUGUGCGGAAUCUUAUUCCACAAAUGUUUGUAUUAGCUAGCUAUAAGCCAUUUAUGAGUUCCCAACGUCCAGAUUAUGCUUUCCAUAGCCUGAGGAUAUAUACCGUAUACAGACAACUUGCUCUCGUCCAGCUGUGAAACCAGGUCUGACGGAGCCCAGACCAUUGGAACCAUGUCAUGGCACUGCAUUUAUAGGCACACAGUGCAGUACUUCUAUCCCGACAAGCGAUCCUCGUCUAACACUAGCUGCUAUGUUUGGACCACAGAAUAUAGAAAGUCUAGGCGGAAGUCCGAACGACAUGAGCCAGCACUGACUACGAAACAGACCUCAAGACCUAGAAUCCAUGACAAACACACAAUGGAUGAGAUCAGAGUACAGAAUGAUUUAAUCCACAAACGACCGUGCACACGCUCCAAAAAGCCAGUUGUCAAAACUGUGAGGUUCCAGCUCCCGGCAGAUUAUCGAGCUAAGGUUAGGAGGCGGUACGAGAAAGAUUAGGCUGGAUUUUCUCGGUGAGGCAUUGAGUUUGGUACACAGCUUUCUUGGAGAACGAUUAGUCUCUCAAAUUUCGUUUCAGUAUUACUUAAUUUGCGUGUUUACGAUUUGCAUACCGUUUGUGUCAUUGUUCUUCAGCAAAACUGUCGAUUAGAUUCAGCCGUAAGUCAUUUAGCUGUCACGCCGAGAAAUAAUACUAUAGAGCAUAAAAUUCUAUUUUACUCCUACAUAUUAUGGUCUCAUAUCGAAGCUAUCCGGAGGACUGCAAGCCUUUUCAGGCUCUGCGCGAGAAACCAAUGUCAGGUCCUCACUCACAUGUCUCCGUACCUCCCAGAUUUAGGGCCAUAACCCCACUGUCCGUCCUUAUUGAUAAGAUAGCAUUGAUAGAAUAGCAGCAUUUCAUCCUGCGAUAAAGUCACGAGACCGUUGUCCGCGGGGCUAGUCUGUGUGGGCUUGUGGUGGGGUCUCUUGGUGCACUAGCUGCUGGCUCCUCGUACUUGUGCUGCAAAGUCUCAAUCGUGAAAUCGGUAUUGCAUGUGUUGGCUGUAGUACUGCCAACGGGUCCUGUGGGUCCCUUGAUGUUGAAUAGUAAGCGAAUCACACCCACCAGCACAAAGACAAGGUAUACCAGCAGCAAGCCGACCGAGAUGAGUGCGUCACGGAUCAUUCCAUUUCGCAGGCGGUCGAUGACCUGGUACACAGCCGCAGAGAUCUCAUCGGUCGUUACAGUGGAUGGGCUUGAGAGAAAUGAAGUCAUGUUCGAAUCGCCCAAGAUUGAUUGCUGCGCCCCAGAGCUGAACAAAUCUCGGGGGAAGAGCGGGAAGGAAAAAUGUGCUUGUUCGUUGACCCACUUUAUUCCGUUUUCGACCGCCUCGAUCUUGAGCCCCAGCAGACAUCGAACCACGUCCUUGACGACGUUAUGCAGUACAGUGCCUUCGAAGACGUCGUCCAAUCGCUUGUUCAUCUCGGUCUGGAAAGUACUGAAACCUCGUUCGCGUCGGUGGCCCACCUGGUCGACACUUCAUCGAGGGUGCUCACCACGUCCUUGGCAAAAUCGCCCACCCUGUUGAUCAGCGCAGGCGCCUCCUUCUUUACCAGCCGAAGAAUGAUAAGCUGGCAAAGACAGGAAAGCAUGCCAGCGACUGCCAGCCAAAACACAAAAAGCGCAGGCGCCGAUGUCACAUAGGCCCAGGCCCACCUAGCAAGAUACUUACGAUCGCUCCGCUUCAGCUUGCUUCCGAUCCACAAGCCCAAGGCAGACGAGAGUGGACGAGAUCCUUGGUAAAGAGCAUCCAUAGCGUCGUACUCCCCAUCGAGCAUCUGUUGAGCAAGUUUCUUUUGGCUAUAGUACCGUUUGGUUUCUAGCACCGCCAUAAGGAUGCAUGCAAGCGAGGCGAGGAUCGGCAUGAUCACGAGCAACACGAUUUGGGUACGAUGCACGAUCCUAUAUAGCCCGUUGAAAAAGUCGGCGACAGCUGUAUUGCCGGAGCAGAACGACAACGACUGUUUUGGUGCCAAAGGGAACAUAUCAUCUGGCGGCACCCACGCGCCAGAGCUUUCGUUGAGUUCCUUCCUCGCGAGAUCAAAAGGAACGGCGAUGGUACGUUUGGUGAAGUUUUGCACGUCGUCGAAAGUCGGAGUCUUUUCUUUCAUGUCUUUAAGGCUACGUACGAAAUCGCCACUGUCGAUGUGGAUGCUCUUCAGAUCACCCAGGCUACCAGAGAUAUCUAACUUGGGCACGGUAGCAGAAUCGCUGCCUAGGAGACCGCCGAGGCUGGUCCCUUUGUUGAGUUUGCUUACUAAAUCGUUGAUGGUGCUUUGAAACUUGUUGACCUCGUCGUUGAGGCCUUCGGUAAUCUUGCCGAUGGCGUUGCUCAUUUGCUCAGCCAUGGCGUCCGCGGCAUCAAUGCCAACGUCGAAGGCACCGUGAAUAAAGGCGGCGAUGAGGCAGACAUACGUUCCAAUAUGAAAGUUGAUGGCGAAGUAAAUGAUGUUUUCGACGAUUGUGAGAACCAAGAGGAGCAUAUUCACCGUGCCGCUGACCUCGCGGGAAAUACUUUCUACAGCCAGUUUGUUGACUCCGUGCGAGAGGUAGUGCGGCAUAGACGCCAUAGCGCUACCUAUAUCUUCGACCUUUGUGCAAGCAGAGAGUGCCUUUUCCUUCGCAUCAGUGAUGUUGUCGUUUAGACCAGAGAUGAGCAUAACAAGCCGAGCCAGCACGAGGAUGAACAAUGCUGUCCAACAAUUGAGCCAGAUCUGAGACAGUCUAGAUCUGAGACCAAGGUAGGGAGCUGGUUGACUUUUGUGCACCUGAUGCAGCGG